GUAAGUAAAUGCGACCAGCAGGGGCGCUGUUGCACCUCCUGGGGUUAUUGUUUGUAGCUCUUCUAUCUGCACCGCCAAGCGGACGGAGGCGAAGCAGAGGAAAAUGGCGGACGGUGUGGAUCACAUCGACAUCUACGCCGACGUAGAAGAGGAAUUUAAUCAGGAAUCAGAGUAUCCAGUUCACGAGCAGAUUGACUUGUACGAUGAUGUGAUAUCCCCAUCUGCCAAUAAUGGAGAUGCUCCAGAAGACCGGGACUACAUGGAUUCAAUGCCUGCGUCCGGCGGGUCUGAAGGAGGGAAGAACGCCCCGCCCAACGUGGUGUACACCUAUACAGGCAAAAGGAUUGCCCUGUACAUCGGAAACCUUACAUGGUGGACAACAGAUGAGGACCUGACUGAAGCCAUUCGUUCAAUAGGCAUUAGUGAUGUGCUUGAGAUAAAGUUCUUUGAAAACAGGGCUAAUGGCCAGUCAAAAGGGUUUGCUCUUGUGUGUGUUGGUUCUGAGGGAUCAUCAAGGAAAUUAAUGGACCUGCUGUCAAAGAGAGAGCUCCACGGUCAGAAUCCUAUCGUCACACCGUGCAAUAAACAGUCCCUCAGCCAGUUUGAGAUGCAGUCACGUAAAAGUACUCAGUCUGGCCAGAUGUCAGGGGAAGGUAAAGCUGGUCCUCCUGGUUCAGGACACCGCUCUGGUUUCUCAAUGGGCAACAGAGGGCGAGGCCGGUUUCCUGGUCCUCCUGGUUCUGGAGUAGAUCGCUUCCCUCCUGGCCCCAUAGGCCCUGGAGGCCCACCACCCCACUUUCCUGAAUUCAUAGGCGGAAUGCAGGGUCUUCCCCGUCCUCCCCCUGGUCCUCCUGGCCCCCCUGGCCCUGUUGGACCACCACCUGGCCAGGGUUUGCCCCCUCCCCUCGCAGGCCCUCCCAAUCGUGGUGACAGACCUCCUCCCCCUGUUCUCUUUCCUGGCCAGUUUGGUCAGCCUCCGUUGGGACCUCUUCCUCCAGGCCCCCCUCCUCCAGGGUACGGUCCUCCUCCUGGUCCCCCACCCCCUCAGCAAGGCCCACCUCCUCCAGGACCCUUUCCUCCUCGUCCUCCGGGCCCUAUCGGACCACCUAUGGCUCUGGCCCCACCCCCACAUUUGCCAGGCCCUCCUCCAGGUGCUCCUCCACCUGCUCCUCAUGUGAAUCCUGCUUUCUUCCCCCCACCUGGCAACAACAGCAUGCCCCCUAACGACAGCCGAGGACCUCCCGGGCCAAACGACCAUUACGGACGGCCGCCACCAUACGAGAGAGACUACGGCCCUGGAGGCCGAGACAUGGACUCAUCGCGGGCGCCAUUGAGUGAAGCAGAGUUUGAGGAGAUCAUGAACAGGAAUAGAGCCAUCUCCUCCAGUGCAAUAUCUCGAGCUGUGUCUGAUGCCAGCGCAGCUGAUUAUGGCAGCGCGAUAGAGACUUUGGUGACAGCGAUCAGUCUGAUUAAGCAGUCCAAAGUCUCAGCAGAUGACCGCUGUAAGGUUCUUAUCAGUUCUUUACAGGACUGUCUUCACGGCAUUGAGUCAAAAAGCUAUGGCUCUGUAUCAAGACGUGAGCGUUCUAGAGAACGUGACCACAGCCGCUCCCGAGAAAAGAGCCGGAGACACAAGUCCCGCAGUCGGGACAGGCACGAGGAUUAUUACAGAGAGCGUAGCCGCGAGCGUGAUCGCCAUCGCGAACGGGACCGUGACCGCGACAGGGAAAGAGAGCGGGAGAGGGAAUAUCGCCACCGUUAGCCAGGAAGGAAGCUAACGAGGAUCAAGGACAGAAGGAAGAGAAAGGAGGAACACUUUCAGUCCACCGCCACCACGGCCCCUGCUCACCCUGCAUGACCGGACAAGACACAUCCACCGUCUCUUCCUCCACCCCCUCUCCAUUUCUCUUCUCCUUCUCCACCCAUCCUUCUCUGUCUGUUGCCAGCCUGACAGUGGAAGGAGGACCCGAUAUGUGUAAGGCUUUGUUCUCCACAUGUCUUUACUUACCGUAACUAAAGAAAAAAAAACUUUCCAAAAGCUCUUUUACUUUUGUUUUAUUUGACAUGAAGAGUAUGUGACGCUUCCUUGCAAAAAAAUAAAUAAAACGGCUAAGCAAUUCACAAAAAAGACAAACAUUACGUUUUUUAUUUUGCUUUUUUCUUCAUUGUAUUAUGUACAUUCAGUUUAGAGACGUUUUUAUAGGGUUCAUGUUUGAUGUUUUUCCUUCUCCUGUCUUCUGUGUCGCUCAUUCUCUUCAUGGUUAGUAUGUAAGUGUUUGCUUUUUUCGAUUAAAGACUAGAUGGUGUUGUAAUAAAAAUGUUUACGAGGUA